AUGGGGGAAUCAGAAAAUUCAUCGAGACGACCGAGCAGUAGUCAUGGCCGCCUGAGCUCUAAAGACAAUGCUCGUCCUCCUCCGGGGACAGGCGGGAAGGACAUCUGGACAAUUAUAUCGGAGAAAAAGAAAGCGGAUGCUCACUCAGGUGGUGGGGACAGGCCCGAUGCCCACAUACUUGUCGUUGGCAGUCCGAGAGGAGGCAAGAGUACUCUCAUUGCACGCUAUCUCAAUCCGGAAAAGGAAGAUGUGCCGAAGCGAACGAUAGGCCUUGAAUAUACUUUUGCUCGACGAACUGUAUCCAGUGCGGUUAGCGUCGAUCGGAAAGACGUGGUUCAUAUAUGGGAACUUUCGGGUCCAAGAAAACUGGAAGAGGAGCUCUUGACAGCAGAACGAUUACUACUACCUAUGAGCAGUCUUUCCACAUCUGUAGUUGUCGUGGUCCUGGAUCUAUCAAAGCCGUCCGAAGUACUGGACCUGCUCAUAUUCUGGCUGGACAAGAUUCAUAAAAGGAUCGAAGGCUUCUACGAGAAGUUGAAAAGAAGAGGUUCGAAACUGCCACAACAGCUUGUUGAGAGAGAAAAGAAGCUGUUUGGAUUAGAACAUGAAGAUCUGGACGAAGUCAAGUUGUCUGGAGUUCCUGUCAUCAUCGUUGGAACGAAGUACGACUGUUUCAAGGUCGGUGCAUGUGGUCUUCGCCUAUGGCACCUGCCUCGCAUUUUUGAUCAAGAUGCAGAGCUGAGGAAGACAAUGGCAAGAACACUGCGUUAUCUGGCGCAUACCAAUGGAGGCACUCUGCUGUACACGACAGGCCUAAACAAAGAUGUUCAAGGCGAGAGCAGAAGUUCUCAUAGUGCUUUUCGGAGUAUCAUCAACCAUUUAGUCUUCCACGCGCCUCCCUACAGAGGUGUGGAGGUGGACCACUCAAGGCCAUUAGUUAUACCUCUUGGUCUUGACAGACUGGCAAAUAUUGGUCAUCCAAGUGGCAAAGACGAUUGGAUUUCUCACUUUCUCAAAUUAUUUCCCAGCCCUGGAAAGGGCCCCGUUGCGUCUAGAAAAAAUGAAAAUAAUCUGCACCCGGAGAAGGAGAUUGAUGAUCUUAUUGCUCAAUGUCGUGCACAACCCUGGACCGUAAGAAAGGAUGACGCUGGAGAUAUGAAGUGGAAAAAUCAGGAAUGA